AUGGGGAAGAACAAGAAUGCGACCAAGCCGCUGACACAGGAGGAAAUCUGGGAUGAUUCCGCGCUGGUGCAGAGCUGGGAUGAGGCCGUGGAAGAAUACAAACUCUAUCAUAGCAUCCAUGCUCGCGGCGAGAAUGUCGAGGAUGUCCUGAGGGAAGCCGAAGCCGCUGAGCUCGAGAAGUCGCAGGAUCAGGAAGAAGAGCCGGAAGUGGAUUCCAAAGACGCCAUGGAAGCUGAUGUGGAACCACCAGCGACGGCACCCCAGACUUCUCACCUUACAGCCCCUCAGACUGCUGGAGAGUCUGCGCCGCCCAUUGGAGCCCACGCUGGCGGGCCUAGUAUGGGAUCCGCCGUGCCUCAAGUAGCGCUGGCACAAGUUCAAGAUGAAGGGCUGAAGAAUCUUAUGAUGGCCUGGUACUAUGCGGGAUAUUAUACUGGCCUGUAUGAGGGGCAGCAAAGGGCCAACAAUACCAAUCCUAAUCAACCAGGGAAUUGA